AUGCUUUUAUUUUGCUUUUGCAAUUUCUCCAGCUCCAAAUCAGAACGUCGUUACGUUGUUAUUGGCAACCAACAAAUUGUGCUUAUCGAGCCUGAUUCAAAAGAGUUUGGCUGUGGUGUAGUCACUUUCGCCGGUCUUCUGCAGGAUGUGGAGGUACAUUGUGACAUCGUCGAUAGCCGAUGCCUUUACAUCAUUGUUCUCUACCCAGGCCAACUAGGAACUCAUUUCUUAUCAAGUAGUCGCACAAGCCCCAGUUCCUCAGACCGAGCCGGCUCGAAUCACUCUGACAUGUGCCAUGGAUUUUAUCCGAAGCAGCCUCCUUUCGCGCAGAUACCUCCUACUCAGCAUAUGCUUGGCUCGGCUUUCUCUGAAUCUAUUUUUGGUGGAUCAGAACAGUUAACCAAAGCAGUACACCAACAGCGUCAACAGCACCAUCAUCACAUCUCGGCUUUGCAACCGGACAACUUAAUGAAGACUGGCAAGCCUCCUUUGAUAGGUGGGCGUGUACCUCUCUUGUGUGCAAAAUUCAUGUUCGAGGACCAUAUUCGAUGCAUGGCUGCAAAUAAACAACUAAUUCGCGGCCGGGAAAAUGUAAGACGCAGAAAACUAGCCAAAAUAGCCCGACUCCUGGACUUUCCCGAUGACGUUGUCCAUGACAUCUACCCAGAAGAAUUUGCACUCGGAGUAAAGUUACCAGUAACUGAAAUCAAAACCUCUUCUGUCGCACCUGCGUUUCUUUCUCAUCAGGCGCCGACCACUUCCGAUCACUUGUUGAUAUCCAAUCCUCUGAUCUUGUCAGGCCACAAUGCCCUCGAGACUCUAUCUAGUGAGAAGUCACAUGGCCCACCUACAGCUCUUUUUCUUCCGCCUCACAAACUGACAGAUCCUACUCCAGCUAAAAUAUUUGGCUGCUCAACCUCUACUGCAUCAGCUGGGAAGGAUGAAACAAUGGUACAUCCACUGGCCAAUGACCUUGCCAUCAAUUGGCAAUUGCCGGUCUCAUCUGCACCUUCUAGAGACAGCACAAUUAGCAAUUUGCUGGCCAGCAUCCGUUUUGAUGGGGAUUCCGAUCAGCCUGUAACUGUAAUAGGACCGGAAAUUGAGUAUUAUCCCAGCAUAGGACUUCUUUCUGAACAAUUUCUUUGUGAGCAUCCCAUUACGGCGAAUCACUUCAACGCCUAG